GACUCCUUGGAGAACUUCAAGAGCCAAUUUAUUGAAUUUCUCUCAAAUAAUCCACACAUUGUUACCAAUUCAAAGUUUGUUCCAAGUGAGGAAAAGGCAUUGAUCAUUUUAUCACCUUUAUCUGUUAAGCACUCGUUUGGUAGAACGUGGGUAACAAAAAGCUAUGUAUCAACAAUUGUUGAAAGACCACAAAGAUUGUUGGCCUGCUCACUUGGAAUUGCUGCAGCUCUAUCUAUGUAUCCCUCCAAUUAUACCCUACUUUCCUCUACAAAAAAAUCACCAUUGCAUAGUCCUCAUGUGUUGAAGAUUCAUGGUAAAAACUGGCCAGCAGAUCUUGAGAAAAUUUGCAAAGAAAGUGAAGCAAAACUUGCUAAAGGAGAAGUCGAAGUUCCAGCAGAUUGGAAUAGUGGUGACAUUUACUUAACUAAGGAUACUUUGGAUGCAAUCUCUGGUGUUAUUGGAUCUGUGGAGACUGCAGUUGAUCACAUUUUCAAGCAAGACGGUGAAACCCCAAAAAGGGCAUUUGUUGCAAUUAGACCACCAGGCCAUCAUAGUCAUCCAUGUGUUCCUUCUGGAUUUUGUCUUUUGAAUAACGCUCAGAUUGCUAUUGAAUAUGCUGCAUCCUCCCAUGAUGUUACACAUGCUGUUAUUCUUGAUAUCGACCUCCAUCAUGGAGAUGGUACACAGGACAUCUGCUGGCAAAAAGCUGGAUUUGAACCUGACUUUGGUGAAUCUGCAGCAGGUUAUGUUGAUGAGGAAGAUGAUGGUAUUAAAAAAGAAGCUAAUGAUCCAAAAGUUGGAUAUUUUUCAUUACAUGAUGUAAAUUCUUUCCCUACUGAAUUGGGUUAUGCAACUUCUGGAAACAUUAAGAACGCAUCAACGUGUAUCAUGGCCCAUGAUUUAGCUAUUUGGAAUGUUCAUUUACAACCAUAUGAUAAAGAAGAAGAUUUUUAUAUUGCUUACCAAGAGAAAUACACUCAACUGCUUAAAAAGGCAGAUGAAUAUUUAUCAAAUGCUAAGUUAGAUUAUGAAAGAAGUAAAUCAAAAUCACAUGGGAAGGAACCACACCCUCCAUUCAAAGCUCUCGUUGUUAUAAGUGCUGGUUUUGAUGCUUCGGAAUAUGAAGUUCAUACAAUGCAACGUCAUGGAGUCCAUGUGCCAACUUCUUUCUACUCAAAAUUCACAUCAGAUGCUGUUAAAUUAGCAAACAAACAUUCGAAUGGUGUUUUACUUUCACUAUUGGAGGGUGGGUACUCCGAUGGAGCUCUAACAUCUGGUGUUUUCUCUCAUUUAAUUGGUUUACAAUGUCAAAAAUGGGACCAUGGCUGGGGGAAUCAAGAAGUUGUUAAAGAAUUAGUUAAAGGCUGUAAGCCAAAAUGGACACCUUUGAAAACUCCAAAUACUGACAUUAAACAGUGGGCAAAUCAAGUUUGUAAAUUGGGAAGAUCAAUGUUACCUGAAGCUAUUAUA